AUGGCACAAUUUCAUGUUGAUAGGUCGCUUUCUCCAACUGGAGAGUCAACAAGUCAAACAACAGAAAGACCAACAGAAAGGCCAACGGAAGAGUCAACAAAGCAACCAACCAAAAGGCCUACAGGGCAACCAAUAGAGCAAGCAACACGUCUACCGACGACCGAUGUGCCUAUCCAGACAAGAGCACCAACUGCUAGGCCUACUCCGACUGUUCUUGUCCCGACAAAAGCUCCAACAAGGACACCAACGGCAACUCCUACAAGGACUACAGCUGUCACUCCAGGUCCAGUUCCUGUAGGUGUACCAACGGUAGCUCCAACAAGAACACCGACGGCAGCUCCAACAAGAACUUCAGCUGUGACUCCAGCCCCGGUUCCUAUUGUACUGACGACAGCCCCAACAAGGACGCCAACGGCAGUCCCAACAAGGACUACAGUGUCGCCUCUUACUGCUGCACCAACUUCCCCGAGUUCGUCCCGAGCGACAAGAAUACAACAAGAUCUUGUUCAAGUCACGGCGGAAAGCACACUGCUCGACUCCACCACCGCACAAGGACAGGCCAUGCAAUGGCUCAUCAACAACGAUCCAGCACAAGUAGAACCAUCCACCUACGCACCCUUUCGACAGCGGUACUCUUUGGCUACUCUCUACUUUUCUGCCAGUGGGGACGGUUGGACAUUGAAUUCAAACUGGCUUCGUGAUGUGCAAUUGUGUUCCUGGGAAUUGAUAUCCUGUGACCAAGAUGAUGAUGCUGUAACACAGAUCCAACUAGUCGGAAACAAUCUUGUCGGAAGUCUUCCAGCUGAAUUGCGAUUGUUGACAGGACUACUGUCCAUUGACAUUUCCCUCAACGAAGUCAGUGGAUCGAUCCCUUCUUCCUUAUUUGGGGAGUUGAGUAGUCUACGAGUAUUUCGCUCACACAAUGCAAGGCUCUCUGGUGGCCUUCCCGAAAGUAUUGGACAAGCAACUGCACUCCGCGAAUUGGACGUUACUGGCAACGAAAUCACUGGAUCAAUCCCGUCUUCUGUCGGAACAAUGGGAAAUCUAACCCAACUGUUCUUGGGGCUGAAUGAUUUACAGGGCACAAUACCAAGCGAAGUUGGUCGCUUGAAGCUCUCCCAUUUGUCUGUCUUUCAGAACGAUUUAGAAGGCACCAUUCCUGGAGAAUUGUUUUCAGUCACGACUCUGCGUAGACUUGCCCUUUCGAACAAUCGUUUGUCAGGAAGCCUCUCAAAUGGACUCGGAAAUCUUCGGGGACUGCAAGAAUUAUACCUCGAUGACAACCAAUUCAGCGGCUCCGUUCCUCUAUUCUUCGGUCUUCUCACGAAUCUGAUUGACGUUUCGUUCGCUAGAAAUGCGUUGACAGGAACCAUUCGCGACAGCUAUAGCAGAUGGUUUGCUCUGGAAUCGAUUGAAUUUGCGAACAACCAACUCACUGGUGCCAUUCCCAGUGGUUUGUUCUCUUUGCCAGAAAUAAGGACUAUUCGUCUUGAGAAUAAUUCCUUCGACGGAACGAUACCACCAAGCUUUGGCAAUGCUCGCCAACUUGAAACGUUGUCAUUGCAAGAAAAUCUUCUUUCCGGCACGGUGCCUGCAGUUGGGAUUAUGGCACUAGAAUCCCUGAGGGAAUUGCAACUUUUCGAUAAUCAACUUUCGGGCAGCAUACCAGAGUCGUUGUGCGAAUUGGUCGCAGAUGGUGCAUUGGAAGAACUAUCGGCUGAUUGUGGUGGAGUUCGUGCGCCAAGGAUCGAUUGUCCGUGCUGCACUGUGUGCUUUGAUCCCAGUUCGUCAAAUCGCAGCUGA